CUAGUCCAGAGGAGUCUUGUGUUAGUCCACACCUCCUAGUCCAGAGGAGUCUUGUGUUAGUCCACACCUCCUAGUCCAGUGGAGUCUUGUGUUAGUCCACACCUCCUAGUCGGGCUCCCGUCAUGGCGCGGGAGAACGUGGAGGGUGGGCGGGGCCAGACGUGGAAGAAGCAGGUGGACGACAUCAAGAAGGUCUUUGAUCUCAAGGAGGUACUCGGCACGGGAGCCUUUUCUGAGGUGGUCCUGGCCCAGGAGAAGCUGACAGGGGGGAUGUUUGCCGUUAAGUGCAUACCCAAAAAGGCUCUGAAGGGGAAAGAGAGCAGCUUGGAGAACGAGAUCGCCGUGCUGAGGAAGAUCCAACAUGAGAACAUUGUGGCUCUGGAGGACAUCUACGAGAGUCCGGACCACCUCUAUCUCAUCAUGCAGCUGGUGUCAGGCGGCGAGCUUUUUGACCGGAUCGUUGAGAAAGGCUUCUACACGGAGAAAGACGCCAGCACGCUCAUCCGACAAGUGCUGGAUGCUGUCAACUACCUGCACAACAUGGGCAUCGUCCACAGAGACCUGAAGCCAGAGAACCUUCUGUACUUCAACCCUCACCACCACUCCAAGAUCAUGAUCAGCGACUUUGGCCUUUCCAAGAUGGAGGGAAGUGGUAACGUCAUGUCCACCGCAUGUGGCACACCAGGAUAUGUGGCACCAGAAGUUCUUGCCCAGAAGCCCUACAGCAAGGCAGUGGACUGCUGGUCCAUCGGAGUCAUCGCAUAUAUUCUGCUGUGUGGAUACCCUCCUUUUUACCACGACAACGACUCCAAGCUCUUCGAACAGAUCCUCAAAGCCGACUACGAGUUUGACGCUCCGUACUGGGACGACAUCUCCCACUCAGCUAAGGAUUUUAUCAGCAACCUCAUGGAGAAAGACCCCAGCAAGCGUUUCACCUGUGAGCAGGCACUGCGACAUCCCUGGAUCUCGGGGGACACUGCCCUGUGCAAGAACAUCCAUGAGUCAGUUAGCCGGCAGAUGAAGAAGAACUUUGCCAAGAGCAAAUGGAGGCAAGCGUUCAACGCCACGGCGGUGGUUCGCCACAUGAUGCGGCUGCAGCUUGGCAGCAGCAUGGCGAGCGGCGUGGACGCCUCCAACCCACACAGGCUGAGCCAGAAGGUGGCCCAGGGUUCCAACCAGGUGGCCCAGGGUCCCAACCAGGUGGACCGGAGUCCCAACCAGGUGGACCAGGGUUCCAACCAGGUGGCCCAGUGUCCCAACCAGGUGGCCCAGGGUUCCAAUCAGGUGGACCAGAGUUCCAACCAGGUGGACCAGAGUCCCAACCAGGUGGACCAGAGCCGGCCUGCUCAGAACCAGAAUGCGGGCCAGACGUCAUCCUUGGACGACAACAUGGCCGCUCCAUGCAAGGAAUGUGUGCCCGCCAUGCCCUGCAGUCUGGCGUCUGCAGCCGGCACUCCGGCAGCGGGGGCGGAGCUCAGCCGAGCGCACCCCUCGCCGGUGACCGCCCCGGUGCAGACGGAGACCAAGUGACCAAGCUGAUUAAGGACUAAGUGCCGCCACUUCCUCUUUCGUCUCUCUCCAACUGGAAUGUUCCAUCUUGCUACAAGCGCCCUUCAUCCUCUUGAAAAAGCCAUGGCUGACCAAUGAGCACGCUGCGUGGGUAGGAUGACCAAAUAAGGGCGCGGAACGAUGUCCUGCUGACAAUGUGUUUGGGAACUUCCUAUUGCAAAUGGCCCCCAGGCCCCUCCACCUCCACCUCCACCUCUUAAAGCCAUGAUUCAGUCGCGCUCAGGGAAAACUUUGUGCUGGCGGCCUCCCUGCUUUGCUUUCACUUUCACUUUGCGUAGAUGUCAAACACGAGCGCUGACAGAAGUAUGGUAUGUUUGCUUGACAGUAACAACCGUGUUAGGUACUUCUUACAACCCAAUCAGGAGAGACUGUCCAAAUGCUGCAUUCGAGACGGCUGGGAAAUAUUGGAACUUACCUCAAAACCUUAUGCUCUGUGGAUGUUGUUGUUUUCAUCCUUUAAUAACUGUUGUGUGGUGCACGUGUCACCUUUCUUGCAAAUAUUCAUGUUUUUACAGCAUGCAGGUCACGCAGGAGACUUCGGAGGGGGCGUGGCCUUCGCAGGGGCCACCAAUUUAAAACAAUUGCAUUUGAAUUCCACUAAAUAUUAUAAAACAAGCUGACAGAUUUACCAUCCUUGUCGCUGCUAGGCUAGCAUUAGUUAUUGAUUGAUUUAUUGUAGCGAUACCACUGAUUGUCUUUCCCAUCCAAUACCAAAUCCAGGCUGGUAUCGAUGAUACCGAUCCGAUACUUUGUGCAAAUAUACUUAACGUGUCAGCUGAAAUGAAAUAAGUUGUUUAUUUUCAAAUAACACAUGCAUCUAAAAGAAAACAACAGUAAAAAUGGCAGAAAAAAGAACAAAAAAAUUGGAAUGUAAAAAGAAAAAGUUGAACAUAUAAACAUUUUUAAUUAAUAAUAAUAUACUAUAAUAUAUAUAGUAUUUAUUUUUAGUGUUUUUUAAAAACAAAAAAAUAUGAAAAUGUCCCCCCAUAAUUUGACUUUGGUGGAAAAAGUUUGGACACCCCUGAU